UCCCGGCGCUGUCGCAAAAUUGACGCAUGCGUGUCGCGGCGGCAGGAGUCUUGGGCCGGGUAUCAUGGCGACGUACGUGGACAUCCUGAAGAGCGAGUUUCCUGAGAUCGACACGGAGGUUUUCGACUACAUAACAGGUGUGUUGGCGAGCUGUGGAGCAGACUUUGAGGAUGGCGAGGAGGUGUACGAGGCGGUGGGAGGAGUCCUGCAGGACGUGUCAGCUGACAGCAAAAACGAGGACGACGUCAGAGACAUCUGCCUCCAGAUGUUCAACACGCUCAAACUGAAUAACCAUCACGGAGCUCAGAGGCAGGUGUUGUUGGACGCUCCCGUUCAGCUCUCUCAGAUCUCUGCAGACAACGUUGGUGCAGCAGAAGACGUUCAGGGGAUCUGGAUGAUGAAGCGCGGCCAGAACACGACAGUGGACGCUAAGAAGCUGGAGAAGGCCGAGGCCAAGCUGAGGCAGAAACACGACCGCCGCAACGAGAAGGACUCGCUGAAGCCAGCCAAUCCGCUAGUCCUGGAGGAGGCGUCGGCCAGUCAGGCCAGCAGUAAGAAGGACAGCCGAGUCGACCAAUCAGGGAAGAACCGCAGCUAUGACAUCCGCAUCGAGAACUUUGACGUUUCCUUUGGAGAAAGGUGUUUGCUGCAGGGGGCGGAGCUGUCUCUGUCGACCGGCCGGCGCUACGGUCUGAUUGGCCGGAACGGUUUGGGGAAGACGACGCUGCUGAAGAUGCUGGCCAGUCGCAGCCUCCGUGUCCCGGCUCACAUCACCAUCCUGCACGUGGAGCAGGAAGUGGCGGGGGACGAGACGGCGGCGCUGCAGAGCGUCCUGUCCAGCGACACGCUGAGAGAAGAACUGCUGGGGGAGGAGAAGACGCUCAACGCCCGCAUCGCUAACGGAACGGCCGACGGGUUGGAGAGCGUCCGACUGACAGAGAUCUACGCCAAGCUGGAGGAGAUCGAGGCCGACAAAGCUCCGGCACGAGCCUCCGUCAUCCUGGCUGGUCUCGGAUUCUCUCCCAAAAUGCAACAGCAGGCUACCAAGGAGUUCUCAGGAGGAUGGAGGAUGAGGUUGGCGUUGGCCAGGGCUCUGUUUGCUCGGCCAGACCUGCUGCUGCUGGAUGAGCCGACCAACAUGCUGGACGUCCGAGCCAUUCUGUGGUUGGAGACCUACCUGCAGACGUGGCAGUCCACCAUCUUGGUGGUGUCCCACGACAGGAACUUCCUGAACGCCGUGGUAACGGACAUCGUGCACCUGCACUCCCAGAGGCUGGACAGUUACCGCGGCGACUACGAAAACUUUAUUAAAACCAAAGAAGACAGACUGAAGAACCAGCAGAGAGAGUACGAGGCCCAACUGCAGUACAGACAGCAUAUACAGGUGUUCAUCGACAGAUUUCGGUACAACGCUAACAGAGCUGCUCAGGUGCAGAGCAAACUCAAACUGCUGGAGAGGCUACCUGAACUGAAGCCUCUGGAGAAAGAAACUGAAGUCACUUUAAAGUUUCCUGAUAACUUUGAGAAGUUGUCUCCUCCCAUCCUCCAGUUAGAUGAAGUAGAGUUCUACUACUCAGCAGAUCGCCGUCUCUUCUCAGGACUCUCACUGUCUGCUGACCUCGAGUCUCGCAUCUGCAUCGUGGGAGAAAACGGCGCUGGGAAAACGACGGUCCUCAAACUACUGAUGGGCGAGUUGACGCCGGUCAACGGAGUCAGACAAUCUCACAGGAACCUGAAGAUCGGGUACUUCAGUCAGCAUCACGUGGACCAGCUGGACCUCAACGUCUGCUCAGUGGAGCUGCUGCUCAACCGCUUCCCCGGUAACCACGGCAACCACACCACAACAACAACAACAACCAUGACAUCAUCAUCAGCUGGGCUCCAAACCGUUCCCCUCAUUCACUCUCUCACUGCUCCUUCUACAGGAGAACUCCUCAAAUCAUUUUAA